AUGGCGGGUGCCAAGACUGCUAUUAUAGUGGGCUCCCAUGCUGACAGGCCGUAUGGAGGGGGAGUGGUGGUUGGCCCAGGGUGUGUGCUGGGGUCGUCUCUCGCACGACUCUACCAGGGGACCUGCUGGGCCAGCACCUACAGCUCUGCCAGCGCCUGCUUCUGGGUCUGCUGUUCAGACUACUCCAUUGAGGACUGCAUAAAACUUGUUGUCAAUGCCCUGCUACGGGCCUCUAUAAAGACCACUUCACCUUUCUCCCAGACCCCCUCUGCUACAGCCAUUGUGAAGACCACCACUGUCUCUGCUGUCUCUCAGGGCACCGCCAGCUCUAAGCUGAGAGUUAAUUGGUGUGUGGACUAUCUGCUCAGGCAGACUGAGAAGGCCAUGCAGGACAUGAACCCUGACUCGGAGGAGACUGAUUUUGAGGACUAUGCAAUGGACCCCACAGUUGGUAGUCUUCUGGAUGACUUCACCACCACUACUGCUGACUUCUCUGCUGCAAUCCCCACCCAGGCCACUACAGUCCAACCUGCUUCCUCCAGUGCCAAGUCUGCCGCCACCAGUACCUGGCCUACUUCCCCCACAGCCCAGUCUGCUGCCAGUCAACUACCCUCAUGCAAAAAACUUGAUUGGUUUGAUCAGUAGCAACGCGUUACUAGUUUCCAUAUAGACUCUGCUGUACUCCAGCCCUUUUAAUCUUUCUAAAAUUAGGGUCUUGAUUCAAUCAGAUCGAGCGUUACCCCGCGGUUGCUCUUGUGUGUCACAAACCACUCCCUUCCUUCCCACUUGGCACACACUGGUUGAAUCAACGUUGUGUCCACAUCAAUUCAAUUAAAUUACGUUGAACCAACGUGGAAUAGACGUUGAAUCUGUGCCCAGUGGGUUAUUGCCCAGUGGGUUAUUAUUCCUACCGAGUUAGAAGUUCAAAACGAUGAUAUGGGGGGGGGGGGGGGGGG